CACCUCACCUAUCUUGUAAAGAUAUGUAGAACAAUGGUUUUGCUUACUUAAUCCUUGCCUCUAGCUUUGCGUUCAUUGACUUUCUGCAUAGUCAUGUAGUCGGGUUACACGGCUGAAAGCGCCACGGCGCGCGAUUGCUGCACAGCCCCGCAUCACUUCAGCAGCCUGGGACAACAAAAUAUCGUUUACCUAGAAUGCAUCCUCACUCUAACACGACGUUCGUAGAAUGCGAUAAAGAAGUACGCGAAACGACGAAAGCGAGAUACCUACCUACCUUACGCGAUCGGCGAACGAGCAAUGAUGAACCAGAGCCAUCUGGAAGCCAACCAGACCAUCGCAGAGCCGCACAAGAUAUGGGUUGAGCCGCAACCGGAGCCCGCAAUUUACAAGCAUCAGCCGCUCAACAGUUCAUCAGACGAGAUACGCCUGCUCAAGCUUCGUAAAUCCAAUGAAGGUCCUCUGUGCUGCGAGAUCCAAAUCUUUCCGCUCAGGCAGGCCCCGGAAUAUAUCGCGCUAUCCUACCGGUGGGGCCCGCCAUCGCCUUUGCAUGAUAUCUUCGUCGGAGACCAGAGACUCAAGAUCCGAGACAUUCUCAAUUCAUGCUUACUGGAGCUGCGAGAAGAUGUGGAUGCGUGGCUAUGGAUAGAUCAAAUGUGCAUCGCUCAGGCAGAUACCACGGAACGAAACCACCAGGUCGGCAUGAUGUCGCGUAUCUACAGCAACGCUACAUCUGUCAUCAUCUGGCUAAGCGAUGACCUUGAUGCUGGGUCGAUCAUUGUGCUGUUGAACAACAUUUACUUUACAAGACUGUGGAUAGUACAAGAGAUACUGCUUGCAAAAAGUGUCAGAAUCUAUCUCAACGGGAAACGCUGCGUUGCAUGGAAGAAAUUACAGAACGAGUACUCUACAAUGCUGAAGCUGGUAGGGCUUGGCACAAUGCCUCGUGCGAUCUUCGGCCUCAUGAAUUAUACGAGAAAGCGUUGGGGCUCAAAGCCACAAUUGGCGUGGACGAGAUGCAUCAGUAACUUUUCCGCAAAUGCAUGUGGGGACGCUCGAGACAAGGUGUAUGCUAUGAUGGGUAUUGUGGACGAGGAGGACAGGCUCACAGUCGACUACAACAAAAGUGUCCUUGAAGUAUUUCUGGACGUCGUC